AUGGCAGACGAGGCUGUCGUCGAUCCGGUGGUAUAAUUUAUCACUUUAAGUAACGAUUCCUUAGCACGGUAUUCGUGAACGCUGCCGAAGGACAGAUGAAUGCAUGAAGUUGAACAAGAUUUUUGAGGAUUGUUGUGAGCGACAACCAAAAACUAAAGAAAGUUGCGAGGAAGAGUUGAUUGACCUUGUAAAUUGCGUCGACAAGUGUGUCGGACCUAAACUUUUCAAACGCCUUCGUUAAUGAUUUGAAAAAUGUGGACUUAUAUCCUCCGCAAGUUUCAGGGAUUUUAAUGGGCGCAUGCUCACCGUGUCUCAUUUUGAAACCGAACCUCGGCCCGAGUUUAUAAUUUGAACUUUUUCCUUUAGCAUUAAUUUUGUAUGCAUGGAAUAAAGUUAGUUUAUUCACCUAACAGUGCAGCUUUUGGCCAAGCUCCCCAACUUUUGCCAUUAUCCGUAUUUUCACUGGUUACUAAUCUCCAGUCUUCAAAAAGUCCGCUACAGUUAUCUUGCGCUCCGAUUUACUGGGAGUAUUUGGAUGUUUCUUAGAGUUUGUAGAGUCAGCUGUCCUAUGGAUUACCGUAAAUCUAGUAGCAUUUUGUUUGCAUUCAUGAGAGUUACAUCUAUUCUGAUUGAGGCUACACUUUCAGGCCUCCCUUUGCCAGCAUCGGGUUUCACUUUCGACGUGGGCCUUUCCAGGAGCCCGUCUUCGGCAUUAACGAAAGGUUGACCCGUCUGAAGCGAUGGUGACUUUAUUGCCUGUAGAUAAAAGUGGUAUCCUGCGCUGAGGGUUAUGACAAGUGAGAAGUGUUUGUCAACACGACUAUAGACGUCCGGGUAGAGCGCGCUAGCUAGUAGGCAGUAAAGUCCCAGUCUAGCUUCUAUAACACAUGGGCGAGCACGCACGCGAAGCCUCGUCCAUCAUUGUCGACCAGGGCAAAGUUGAUCACAUAAUUUUUGCGUUACUAAUCGAUGGCGUUUUUCGCGUAGGCGCGUACAACUGACUAGACCCAUAGAUAUUGGCUCUGUCAUGCAUUAGAGGUCAAUGUGCAGGUCUGACAGGCACUUGAAUUGCGACCAGUGUUGGUGCACAGACCAGUAGCAUGAACGACGUAGUGAAUGGAGAUUGUCACUCCUGACCUACCAACCCGACUGUCGAUUUCGACGAUAUCCACCGUGUGCUCCACAAUAGGGUGAAAGCAGGGACGGUAACUUGCGUAUGAGUUAAUUUAUGGUUUGCCAGAGUUACGCAGCAUCUCCCACACUUCUUCCAAACCCUCCUGUGCUCAAUGUCAAGACAGUCAAGAAGACCGGAGACACAAAAUGACGCAGGUGACUGGCACGACAAAAACCCGCACCCAGGCGUAUUGCCAUAUCUGUUCCACAACUGGCUGUGACCAGAAUUUUACACAGCAACAAGCAGGACAGGAACGGCUAAGAUUCAGUGGAAUGAGAAUGCCAUAGAGGCCACAUUAAGGAGUUAUUGCAGCUUGACUCUCAAUCCGGCAGUCGGCUGCUCCAAACAAACACCGGGCUGACUGCGAGGUCCGUGUUCCAUCGUCAGUUAGCAACCUCCCAAGUCACGGCGCUUAGCGCCGCGUGACAGUGUCAGGCCCUGAUCACACAUGCGGUGUAGGAGCCACAUGGAGGGGGAGCCGAACAACGCAUUUCCCACUUAUGUGUUAGGUUCCAAUUACAUGCUUUCAUUAUGAUGUUGGGUGUUGUCAUGUGUGCGGCAGGUGCUGGUGGGGAGAGAUGUGGUGCUGUACCGCAAGUUUUCAUGGAGGCGCAUGUAGCCUAAUAGGCCCAUGUGGCGGGUGAAUGUGCGCGUGCAGUGAAGGCUGGCACUUCGAGUGUAUAUCGGUGUACCGGUCACAGUGCGAUGAACUCGUAAGUGGCCGGCCAGGCCCAGGCUUGAUGUACAUGUGCGGCGACAGUGAGGGCAGGACAGGUUCGGAUUUAUAAUCGGUUGGGGUGACGAAGCCAUCGGCCGUGGGGUUAGAGACAAGGGGUGACAGUAAGGGUGCUAGUGGAAGGGAAGUUAAUGUUGCUGGGUUGUUGCAUUGCGUCCGAAGGUGCCCGGCGAAGCCGAUUGGCUUGCAGAAUGUGCGGUUGGAGCGGUUGACUGUUGGCGUUGUGGAUGCGAAGCGCUUGUGACUUGCGAGCCACCAUUUUGGCUUUGGCAGCGGUGGUCCGGGUUGCUUCGUAGAUUGUCGCGCUAGUCUUCACUGCUGUUCUCCAGGCUGGUCUAUCCUGAGCAAAGUCCUCCCAGGUCUCUGAAUUAAUAUGCAGUCACUUCAGAGUUAUUCAAAGUGUCCUUGCAGCGUCGUCGUUGCUCCAUGUCGGUGAGCACCCGCAACGACAUCUCUUUCGAAGAGCCGUUUGGGCAAUCGCUCGUCCUCCAUCCUCACGAAGUGGCCGUUCCAUCGCAAUUGCAGAUACCUCGGUAUGGCGUAGAUACUGAGGAUUCUGACCUGCUAUUUGUCGUCAGGCGGCCUUAAUGUGGCCCGGCAUUAGUCAGUGGAGAUUUGCACUAGGAAUACCUGGUAAUUAAGCGUUUGGUCGGGCCUUGUGCCCGUGGGGCACAUGCAGGCUCACCAGACUGAUAGGAUCCGGAAUACUGAGCGUGUUCUGUGUUUGGGAGUGGUGUAGCGAUACGGCAAGGGGAGAGACUGGUUUUCUUCUGUCCUGGGAGGCAGUGUGGAGGCAUUGCGGACAGCUUCAGCUCGACCGGUACCGGUGCAGUAGAGUUUGGCGAGAAUCUCAAGGGAAUUGUGAUGGUCAUGCAUAGCUUAUAAGUCGUCGUUAGGAGGGCCGACGUGGCCAACAUUGCAGUAAUUGGGAUCUGGAUCAGGACUGGGGAUUUGUUGGUUGGUCGAACGCUAUGCUGUUAAGGUACAUUUGGGUUGGAGCAAUUGUGAACACUGGGCGGGUUGGGUGUGGGAAUGGUACAGGAUACGGUAGCGCAAGGUUUCGGUACCGUUGUACCUUGGAGGUCAGGUUAAAGGCCUCGCAGGUAGUCCCAUUGCGACCAACGUGUUGGGAAUGUGUACAUUCCCAACCUUAACUGAAUGUGUUAAGUACGCGCAGCUUUUCAGUGACAAGGACUUGUAGGUUUUCAAUGCAUUUCUUCAUGACCGGUCGUGUUCUUUUUCUCUGCCCUAUUGGUGUUGGGGACAACAGUCGAGUACGGAUACGUUUCAUGCGACCUCGAGGUACCAGGGAGGGCAUAAAAUUUGGCGGAGCAGUUCCCUAUUUACGAUGGCUGACGAGUUUCAGUUGUUGCAGCAGAAGCUGAUGUAGUUUAUCCAACAUUAUGGACCGAUCGGAUGCGACUGGUGGUUCGCAAUCCGUCGACCACAUUUCCGGCGGCAUCACAGUUCCUGGGUGAACCGCAGGCCCAUAUCACCUUUGAUUUCUCAUACAAACGGUACGAUGAUUUGUCCUCUUUCGAUCUGACUGCCCAUGACGAUGCAUUGAGGGUUGACUCCUACUCCGCAAACUGGGCGCUACCGAUCACGAACGUCAUGCCAACUUUAUCCUUCCCAAGAACUCAGGAGAAAUCACUUGCGGGCACGUCGAGGACGUCGCAGAUUUUCGGCGAACAGUUGUCCCAUUUCAACACUCGAUUCCAAUGCCUCUAGUUGUGCAAACGAAAAUUCGACGAUUGCCUCACGUACUUAGAGAUUGUCAAUCGCGAUUGUGGGCGUUUCCAGCUCGGUUCUCUCACUUAAGACUGGUUUGAAUGCCUCAUAUUUAUCUGCGGCCUCUAGUCACCCGGAGAGGCUGGCAUUCGGACACGUGUCCUGCCCCAUGUACAACAGAACAACUCAAUAACACCCCAAGAGCCGGCGUGGUGUCAAACGCCGAUUAACCUGAAGUAGGACUCCGCCAUGAUCCAGAACUCUGUUUCACCCUGCUCAAUUCAUACGGUCACAGUGGCUAAAUCGCAUCCUGUCGCACGAACCAAGCAAGUAUUCUAGGCGAGAUCGCCGCCAUUUGUGGCGCAUGGCAACUGAACAACUCGAUCACACUCCAGGAGCUGGCAGUGGAGUGCUAAAUGCUGGUUAAUCACAAGCACGAUUCUGCUGUAAUCCAGAGCACUUUGACUUCCUGCCCGGUCCACAAUGUUGCACCACCCGAGUCACAUCCUGUUAUGCGGUCCAUCUAAGCACCCAGGGUGAAAUCACCGCCAUCUCUUUGUCGUCACUGUGGCACGUGGCAUUUCCAUCACAAUUGCACCUUCCGUCAGCAUUGCUGCCAAGGUUGUAAUCAAGGGGAACACCGUGAUGGGUUCUGCCAAUCAACACUAGCUUCUGGAAGCAAGCUCGCCCACGCCACUUCUAAUUUCAAGCACCGUUUCCGGUCAAGACGCAAGUUCAAAGCCCAAUCCGUUGGAAAUUCUCUCAGUCUCUUGACCACUUUUCAGAGUAAUGCGCUUAGUCGUAGAAAGUCUGUUGACGAUUUGCUCAAUGGCCACGUAGUCCGUCUAAAGUUGAACACUGCUUCAGACAUCACAAUCAUCUCUGAGAAACUCUGGCAGCCCCAGGAUGCAGCAGACUUUCCAGUCCGUCACAAUCGUGUGCGAUGGUCUCGUCCAGCCAAUGGGGCAACUGCAAUUCUGUCCUUUCGCGGCACUACCAAUAUUGCGAUCUGCUACGUCAUCAAGUCUAACCUCGACCUACAUGGUCUCCACUGGAUUGAACAACUUGAUUUGGCCGGUAUGUCGCUCCACGUAGUUUGCGAACAGGCACAGAUUCCCGUUGUGCUUGCAGACCUCACCAAGGACAUUCUCCAACGGCUUGCACCGGUGUUCCAAGACGCCUGGGUCGCUGAACGUACACUCAAUCCGUGCUGCAUCUUUCGCUUGAAAGUCAACCAGCCUUCCUUCCAAAGCGACGAGUUUUAUAUGCACUCUUACCACUCUUACUGCUUAACUAAAGCGUCUGUUGGAACUUGAAGUCCCGACCCCUGGAUCCUAUUCCAUCUGGGCCGCUCAAAUCGUGGUUGAAAACCCAAAUGGUUCGUUUCGUAUUUUAGCUGACUUUUCCACCGGUAUGAAUGCCCCUCGGACGCCAAACUCCUAUCUACUACCGGUCCGCGCUGAUCUUUUGACCCUGCGGAAUGGUGGCACUUGUUUUGCCAAGGUGGAUCUGGCUGACGCGUACUUGCAGAUCGAAGUCGCCCCAGAGUCGCGCGAAUUGUUUAUCAUCAACACCCACCGCAGUCUGUUCCAAUACAUCAGGCUGUCUUUUCGUGUCAAGUUCGCUCCCGUUCUGUUCUAACAAACGAUAAACGCAACGCUCUCCGGCAUUUCGGGUACGGCGAGGUACUUUCAUGACCUCAUCGUGGGUCGCUCUCCCGCUCAGCUCUAAGACCGAGUGUGCGCAGUACGCGUGCAAGAGUAUGGCUCCCGCCUGUGGGCCGGCGAGCGUCAAUUCUCCCUCGGCUUAAUCGAGCGUCAUUUAUUCAUUUUUGACGUCACUAGUAGCCAUUCAGACCCCGCAAAUAUUCCGGCCAUCCUACUGAUGCCUGCACCCAAAGAUGUAUCUUAACUUCGUUCGUUCCUUGGCCUGAUCACAUACUAUCGCUGCAUGACGUACGGGCCUGCUUAGUCGUCUGCUGUAGAAGAAUGCUCCCUGGUGCUGUUCCACCGACCGCGAAAAGGACUUCGCUUAGCUAAACUAGAGGCGGAAUUCAGAUCUGCUGUUCACGCUUUAUGACCCGACGCUGCCGACCGUUGUUGCUGCAGAUGCCUCCAACCACGGAGUUGGCGCUAUCAUCUCACAUACUUUUUCUGGCGGGUCUGAAAAAGCGAUCAUGCAUACAUCUCGCACGCUUACUCCUGCGGUGAACUACGGACAAAUGGAGGAAGGAGCUCUAGCCCUCGUAUUUGUCGUCAAAAAGUUCCGCAAACUGUUGUACGGUCGUCACUUCACGUUGACGGAUCACAAACCAUGGCUGUCAAUCUUCGCCUCGAAGAAGGGCAUUCCUGUCUAUUCAGCCAUCCGGCUUCAGCGAUGGGCGACCAUUCUUCUUGGCUACGAUUUCGACAUUCGCUACUGUCGCACUACCGAUUUUGGUCAGGCCGGCGCCCUUCAUCGCCUCAUUCGCAAUCAUCAAAAACCUGAGGAAGACACUGUGAUUGCCGCUAUUCUGAUUUAG